AUGGACCAGCAAUUUUUGGUCGACUCGCUGUUGGACCCCCAACUUAACAGCCAAGCCCAGGCUGACGACUUGGCCGCGGGCCAACACCCGCUCCAUGACCGCUUCCGCAACAACCAGCCCCGGCUGAUGGAGUACGGCACCCAGGUGGUGUUGCCCCAACCGUUGGCGCCGCAGCAGAUGCCGGUGGUGUUCCGCCCUCAGCCGACGAGCCCUAAACACCAGGGGAAAGUCGACCCUCAACACCAGCUUCAACACCACCAACACCAGCACCAACACCAGCACCAACACCAACACCAGCACCAACACCUUCAACAGCAGCAGCAGCAGCAGCAGCAGCAGCAACAGCAGCAGCAACAGCAGCAAGGAGGUGGUGGGCUCAUGUCGCCGAUCCCGCCGUUGCACAUCCAGCAACAGUUGAUGAACACCGAUAAGUCGCCGCCCCAACCUCAAGCGCCGCCUCAGUUGCAAAUUGAACAACCUAAGGAACCGGGCACCGAGCAAGUGUUGCGGUCUCUGUGUCUGCGGUGUAAGAAGGAAUUUGACCAACCCAUAAUCAUUCCUCAGCUGAGUGACGGCGGCCGGCAAAAGUUCCUUGCCGAGCCCAAGAUCUUCAAGUUGUGUCAACACUGCCGUGAUUUGCAACGCCAACGUCUGCGUCGUUGGCAAAAGAAGACCAAGGACAAGCAAGGUGCCUGUCGCCGUUGUGGUCUGGACAUUCCCCCUGAAGAACAAAAGUUUGUCCUUUGCCCUGGCUGUCGCCAGAACUUGCGUACACGUAAAGCUAAUCGUGCCGCGCAAGGAAAAUGCGUACAUUGUCUGGGACCGCUAGAUCUAUCGAUAAUUACCGACGAGAAGAAGCUCCUCAACUCCAACAGUCGUCGUGAAAGAACCAAAUAUGGCAACUAUAAAGUGUGUCAACGGUGCCGUGAAAAUGACAAGAUUCGUCGAACUAAUCUUGAAAAGAUGGGCAACUGUAACCGUUGUGCCAAACAGUUGGAGACGCAAGAUAUUGGCAAGCACAAGGUGUGUGCCAGUUGCCGCAACCGCAAGAAGAAGUUGAGUCAGCUGGGUCCCAGCACUCAGCGCAACCUGAUUCUGGGUCCCAGCACAGCGAUGGGAGUGUCCCAGCAAUUAUUGGGUAUGGCGGGCAAGGCGCAGAUGCCGUUGCAGCCGCCGCUGAUGCCGCAACUCGACAACCAGAUGCUUCUGGGGGUGCCCCACCACCUCCCCCAACCGGGAGACUCACUUAUUGCGGCGGCCCUGGCGGCGGCCAGCCACGACCACCAAAUGAUGUCGCAGGCGUCCUACGUCACUGUCCCGAUGAACCAAUACUCCGACUUUAACGCCCAUGCGCAGGCGCAGGCGCAAGCUCAAGCUCACCAGUACAACCAGGCGUUGGCUCAGGCGCAAGCCCAACAACAACAGUACUCGCAGAUGCAGAUGCCCCAGAGUAUGUUGCCUCCUCGCCAGAACUAG